AUGGUGGUGAACAGUGACGAAUGUUUCGAGUGCAAAGACUGUGGGGAGCUACUGUGCUGUGAUCGUUGUACCAAAGCAUUUCACCUGAAAUGCUUGCCAGAAGCUGUGCGAGUGGUCGUACUUCAAGGCGGAGAUGAGGAUGAAGACUGGCACUGUAUGUACUGUGUAAAAGAAACAUUUCCUGCCGUUGCUGAUGUCCCCCGAGCCGAGGCUGUCCCUCUAGACGUUACAGUGUCAUACGACACAACACCGGAAGCUGCACCAGCCGCAAAUAUGCAGCACAAUUUCUGCGACAACUGUGGCCAGCACGGAAAUGUGGUGUGCUGCGAUUCUUGUGUGCGUGUGUUUCACUUGCUUUGUCUGGGGGAGAUAGAGCGAGACGUUCUGGAACGCGCUGACCCAGAUGACACUUGGGCAUGCCCUAGGUGCAGUGUUAAUUCACCGCAGUCCACUGAUAAAGGCAAGGGCAAAGCAAAGGUAGAGUCCGAGGUUGGCCCGAGAAGCAUCACCGGCGGCCGUGGCUCAGUGCUGCCCCCUACACUUUACGAGGGAGCAUCUUCCAGCGGCUUAUCGCUUAAUAAUGCUUCUACCUCUAGCGGGUUUGUGGCACCCUUCCCCGUAUCUGUACCAAAUCAAGACCCCUCACCGCAGGGUGCUGGUAGGAAUAAGAAGAGCAAUAGCGUCAAAGGUCCGAGGAGUGCACUGACGUCUUUCCUUGAAGAGCAGGGGAUUUCAGCUCGUGAUAUCAGAGACAGUCACUUUCGACGUCAGGCGGCCUCGAGCUCACAGAGCGGCAGCGCAGACGGGGAACAACCAAUAGCCGAGGCCGAAGGCCCCGUUGACGCACCCGUUGAUAACGCAUACAUAGCCAUGUACAAGCAAGCACGCACCAAUACUACCACAACCUCAAGUGCGGGGAAACGCACACGCAGACGCAAUAAGCCCAAAUGUGGUAGUGGGCUUGAGGAUGUUAGUUCGGGUGAAGAGACUGAAAGUGCGCCGGUGAGCGAUGUCGAGGGCCCGAGUGUAGGUAGCACGCGCGCUAAACGGGCGGCUGCCAAGGGACUGGCGAAAGGGAAGGGCAAGAAGAAGGUGAAAGUGGUCGAUGAGAAGAAAUAUGGGAAAGGUAAGGACAAGGGGAAGGGACCAAAGCCCAAAAGGGAUCCAAAUGACAGCGAAAGCGAUAGCAGUGACUACUCUGACGGCGAGGACUUCGCCGGGCCUCUAUUGCUGUGUUCGGUUUGCCAAAGAGCCAUUCCAAGGGGUGCCACCAUGUCUUCCGUCGAUCCGAUCCAUCCUUUGUGCCAGGUGUGUGUGGCGGCUCAAACAAAGAAGCGCAAAUCGAUGAGAGGAAAGAAGAAGGCCGCAGGAGCAGCCGGCAGAUUUGUAGAGGGCACGCUGAUGUCCGUGUUGUACAGCGAGAUAGACACUUUACAGGACAACGAGACACACAAUCAACUCAUUUUGCUGGAUUGUGCGAAAUUAGACCCCGAGAGUUUCAAACAAAUAGGAUACAACUGCCCGCAGUUGAUCAAGCUCCACCUGGGCGAGUGCGGCCAGUUACAAGAUGAGGCUCUUUCUGUUAUAAGCGAGGCGUGCCCGGACAUCACUAGUCUGCUUCUACACGGUUCAUAUCUGGUGACAGAUCAAAUAUACUCAGACUUUCUCGAGUCACACACAAAACUUGUUGAAUUUGAUGUGUCUUGGUCAGCGAAAUUGGGCGAGGCUACCUUGAAAACGAUGGGAUUCCUGUGCAGAGAAAUAGAAACGUUAACGCUGAAUCAUAUGUCACGAGUGGACGACGACGCACUCAAGCACCUGGAAACUCUGACCAGUCUGAAGCAUCUCGGCCUUACCUACUUGGAUGGCGUUACAGACGAGGGCAUGGCGCAUUUGCUCCGGUCAGUGGGUGCCAAUCUACUCACCUUGGACAUAUCUGGCAACCCUCAGCUAACAGAGAUCACCUUCAAAGCAAUUGCCGACCGCUGUUCGGCGCUGACGACUCUGGUUAUGAACGACAAUGUGGCUCUCACAGACUUCCACAUAACGAGGUAG